AUGGCGGGUCCGCAGGUUGCGAGCUCCGUGUCAUCGAUUCAGUCGCUUCCCCUUCUUCUGUCACGUCCUGCUGCGAGCAACGAGACCAAGUUUACGUCCGACCAGCACUCGACAAGGGGUUGCAAUCCCCACUCAGGACCCGUCUGCUCCAGCAAUGGCAGGAGGUUCGCUGACGAAUGCGAAGCCAUGGCAGCAACGAAGGGCCGACUGACUGUUGGUCCCUGCACUACUAAGCGGAACUUCGGCGCAGGCAGAAACACCAUCAGCAGAACCAUCCGCACCAUCAUCACCCACGUGUACCGCUCUUCAACUAACGCCACCACAGACACCAAGAUCGCUCCCAGCAGCAGCAGCAGCAGUAGCGGAGGCAUCAUAGAUAGCAGGAGUAGCAGUAGUAUGAGCGACGGCAGCGACGGAAGCGUGGAUGCAGAUACCGUAAUUAGUUCCAGCGGGGCUUCUGUAAAGGAGCCAUCGCCUAAUGCAGCAGCAGCCAGCGUGCGCAAGUCGCUAGCUUCGCCGGUCAAGUGCUCGUCGACCUGCCUCCGGCCUAACCCUGUGUGCGCCGUGAACGGCGUUACGUACUGGUGCGGGGCUCAGGAGGCGCAUUGCGCGGGGGCGGAAGUAGCCUAUGAGGGCACAUGCGCUCCAGAGAGUGGAACGCCGGGGCUAAGUCCGCGGACGUGGGAGGGGCUGGUGCUGGCUCAUCAAUUGUGGAUUCUUGUUGCCGCGGCUACAGUUCUAGCAGGACUUUUGUAG